CGGCGGCGGCGGCGGCGGCUGAGGGGCCCGGGGCCGACGGCUGACGACGGGCCGCCCUUUGGGAGGAGGCGGGAGCCGGGGAGGGAGAUGCGGCUGGGCCCGGGAGGCUGCCGGGACUCGCCGCCGCCGCCUCCUCCUCCUCCUCCGCCGCCGCCGCCGCCCCCGGGGUCGCCCGCCCCGGCCUCCUCUUCGUCGUCGUCCUCCGCCGCCAUGGGAGCCUCCGCCGCCUCCGCGCCCCGGGGAAGUGCUGGCGUGUGAAUUGCCAUCCCGAUCCUGCCCGUCUGCCUCCGGGGGGCCAUGUCCAGGGUGCCGACUCCUGCCCCGCCCGGAGAGAUGUCCAGCGGCCCUGUGGCGGAAAGCUGGUGCUACACACAGGUGAAGGUUGUGAAGUUUUCCUACAUGUGGACCAUUAACAACUUCAGCUUCUGCCGCGAAGAGAUGGGUGAAGUUUUGAAAAGCUCCACGUUCUCGUCGGGUCCAAGCGACAAGAUGAAAUGGUGCCUGAGAGUAAACCCCAAGGGCCUGGAUGAUGAAAGUAAAGACUACCUGUCACUGUAUUUGCUUUUAGUCAGCUGCCCCAAAAGCGAAGUCCGAGCAAAAUUCAAGUUUUCUCUUCUGAACGCUAAAAGGGAAGAAACGAAAGCGAUGGAGAGCCAAAGAGCAUAUCGGUUUGUGCAGGGCAAGGACUGGGGCUUUAAAAAAUUCAUCAGAAGAGAUUUUUUGCUUGAUGAAGCCAACGGCCUUUUACCGGAUGACAAGCUGACACUGUUCUGCGAGGUGAGCGUGGUCCAAGACUCGGUGAAUAUUUCCGGACAGUCGAACACGAACACGCUGAAGGUGCCUGAAUGUCGGCUAGCGGAGGACUUAGGGGCUCUCUGGGAAACCACCAGAUUUACUGAUUGCAGUUUUUUUGUUCGAGGACGAGAAUUCAAAGCCCAUAAAUCUGUCCUUGCAGCUCGCUCCCCGGUUUUUAAUGCAAUGUUUGAACAUGAGAUGGAAGAGAGCAAGAAGAAUCAAAUGGAAAUAAAUGAUGUGGACCCUGAGGUGUUUAAAGAAAUGAUGAGUUUUAUUUAUGCCGGCAAAGCACCCAACCUGGACAAAAUGGCCGGCGACCUGCUGGCAGCUGCAGACAAGUACGCCCUGGGACGGCUGAAGGUCAUGUGUGAAGAAGCUCUGUGUUGUAACCUCUCGGUGGAAAAUGUCGCCGACAUCCUCAUCCUCGCUGAUUUGCACAGUGCGGAGCAGUUGAAAGCACAAGCAAUAGAUUUCAUUAACAGGUGCAGCGUCCUGCGGCAGCUGGGCUGUAAAGAUGGGAAAGGCUGGAGCAGCAGCCAAGCCACAGACAUAAUGGAGACGGCAGGCUGGAAGUCCAUGAUUCAGUCCCACCCGCACCUGGUGGCCGAGGCCUUCCGCGCCCUGGCGUCGGCCCAGUGUCCCCAGUUCGGCCUGCCCCGCAAGCGGCUAAAGCAGUCCUGAAAUCUUCCGUGGACUCUUGCGUCAGCCAAGUGACUUUCCCCCCCAGUUCCGGAGGGUCUGUCGCCCCGACGGGAGCCCCAGGAACCCCGACCGGGCCUGGCCCCGGCCCCCGAGCGGAAGCCGAUGGGCCGCCCGCGGCAGGUGUUCCCCAGAUGGGGCGCCUCUUUCAGCUUUAAAUGAGACUGAGUACUCUCCGAAUCACUGCAAGGCCUUAAAUGAUGUCCGAUGACUUCUCCAGUCUGUUCAGGCUAAUGUAUUUUUGCUAAUGUCGAGGCCCCUUGGGGCUUGCACUAGGUCCAGGAUGCAGUAAAGUUGAGAACUGAAGUGAAUUAAGUUUCCAAAGGGAUCUUCCAUUAUUUUGAGCAAAUGAAGUGGGUGGCUUGGGGCCUCGGGGGCCUUUGAAGUUUAAAGCAGGCUCUCUCCAGUCCCCAGUCACCCAUCCCGACCCCUGGAGUCCCCGAGCUGGAGGAGAGCCAGGAUGGGCUCCAGCCUGAGCGCCGUGAGCUCUGCCAGUCGGGGAGACACUUACCAGCCAGGUAAGUUAAUUAUGGCAAUAUGUUGCUUAGUGGAUAAUUUAUUUUGGGGGGUAACGGCCAGGAAUGCAAGGCCCCGGGGGGGCGGGGUGGGGUCUUUGAUACCAGGCGGACCAAGCAGUGAUCUUCCUGAUGCCCUGCCUGACACACUUGGGAAACACCCAGUGGACGUCAGGUCUGGGUUUCUUUCCAACUCACACCCCUGGGUACCAUUGUGAUAAGAUGGAUGGAGACAAAGGUUUUGGCAAGAGAAAGAACCCGCCGUGCUCUCUGGAGCAUUGUAUUGAAUUUAUUUAGUGCUCCCUGCAGUUGGGGGAGGGGGAAGCCACCAGAUGUCGACGUCGGAAGGGCAGGCGGGCGGGCCAGGCUCGGGUAGACCGAGCGGGCACUUCAGGAGAAUUGGGGUGAUCCAGCUGGGUGCAUCUUCACCCGGGAGACUCUUGAGAGGGAUUUUAAGCUGCUUGGAGCCAUUUGGGACGCUUGAACUCCCGGCCAAGAAAGCCAGCGUUGGGGGAUCCUGAUGAUGGGUCGCACGUAUCCCGUGGUCAGAGUCGGAGGUGCCGGUCUCCCCCCUCCGGUGGAGGCCCGGACAACCGCCGGCCCUUCUCCUCACGUCGUGCGUUUGCGGGCGUCAGCCCUGUCCUGUCCCUACGCAGGGUGUACCGGUCUCCCGCAAGCCUCGCUCCAACUAUCAAAAUUUUCCGUGUCCUGUAGCUUUGUUUACAGUGAGCUUGGACAGCCACCCAGGCGGCCUGCUGGUUCCCGGGCCUCUUGGCCCUAUGGGCCGCCCCGGGCAUGUGUCAUGAAAGUAGCCAAGAUUCAGGCUUCACCGUAAGGGGAGGAGUUCUCACUGGAAAAAAAUAUAUAUACAUAAAUAAAUAUAUAUAUAUAUAUAUUUUACGUAUAUAAUUUUAUUCUUCAAAUAACGGUUGUGGUGUGCCUGAAAGACUUAGUGGAAAAGGACGGUUGAAAUAGUUUGUCUUCCCUGAUGUAUCCUGACUUACUUGGGAGUUUGGUCCCCCACAGCUCUAAGGUAUUAGGGAGAGAGGGUUUACGAUUGGCAUUCCACAUCCCCAAGCCUGCCCUUGCAUUGCCCAGUCCUGGUGGGAGGUGGUCCAGAUGAUUUCCCUUGCAGCGUGAAAGCCUCCCCGGUGGAGGUGUGGCUGCGGAAGUCUCUGCGGUGGCAACUGAAUCCGGGGGUGAGGGCUGCAGACAGGCUACGGGCCCUGUCCACGAAGGGCUCCGCUGUCUGCCGGUGGAACAGAGUGGGAUAGAGGCCAGACCUGAUGGGAAUGUAAGGGCACUGACCUCCGUUUGAUCCAGAUUCCCUUUUUGAGGGGUCGAUUUUUUCCUGUCAUUCAAUGUCUGGCCAGGGAGCCCGGGGAGAAAGGAAACAUCUCCCCGCCGCGUGUGCACACGCAUAUACACGUAUGUAUAUGUAUGACACACACAUCCCAGAUAAUUCACUGCUAUCCUCUAUGGCUCUAAUACACAGAGACUUCAGCAAUAUUUAAUACUGUGGAAUAAUCAUUUCAGCGAGUUCUAAAGUAUUUAUUACCAGUCUAAUGGCAGGCUUGAGGGUUUUGUUAGCAAGGUUUUUUUUUAAAGCUCAAGAGCACAUUUUGUACCAAAAAUGUCCAACACUGUGCUGUAAGAAUAUCUACAUGGGUAGAAAUUUCCACUUUUCAGAUGAUACAAGGCAUACCUUACAAUACACUAACGGGAGAUCAUAGGACCGUUGGUUGGCUUAUUUGCUUGUUAUUUAUUAAGUGUAUUUUUUCAGUUUUGUUUGCUCUUAGGAAAAUAAAUAAAAACAAUUGCUGUAUUUUCAAGUGAGUGCACUAACCCUUAGCUAUUUGAAUUGCAUCUUAACCCCGAGCAGUGUUCUCUCUUCCCCCCGCACGGAGGCCGCCCAGAGCCUUAUUGGGCCACCUGCUGCUUCUGCCUCCUCAUGGCCACCUUGGGGCUGACCCUUCCCCCUGGCCCCAUCUGCCCACAGGUCAGUUGCCCCAGGCUUCCAGCUCCCCAGGGCCGCCGGCUACUGAGCAGGCGUGCAUGCAUACAUGUGUGGGUGUUUGUACACGCGUAUGCAGUGUUCCUGGAAACAAAGCGAGACCCUGUCAGUGUUUGGAGCAAAAGUAUGUCAGUGCCACACAAUCUCCUGGCUUGCCAACCUCUCCCCCCACCCCUGCUCCCUCAAAAUAAGCAUAGCUGGGGGGGUGGGGGGCUCUGUGUGUGUGUGUGUGUGUGUGUGUGUGUGUGUCGCACCUGGGUAUGGUGGAACAGAUUGACCCUUCUAGAAAGAGGGCUUGAUUCCAUGGGAGCGCAGAUCCGUCAACUGGGUCCUGAACGCACCGGGGUUUGAGCAGGGCCCAGGUGACCCCCGGGUCGCUUUGCUGCAGGUGAUGGAUUCGCGGUAGCAGCUCAUCGGGGCUCAGGACCAGGGUCCGUUGGCGGUGCAACCUCUCCAGGGGGCCUCUCACAUGCCUUUGGCCCCGACUCAAAUUAGAAAUAUGUGGCGGAACCGCUUGUAUCCUCAUUCAAGCCGUCACAAGUAACAUCUUUUUACACGUGUAAACGUUGGACACCAAACAGUCCUUAAGACUUAAGAUGGGCUUCAUCCGGGGUUUCAGUGCUGUGGAUCACGCAGCACCCUCCGGUUUUUUCCCAUGUGGAGUCCAAUACGCAGAAAGAGGGGACUGAUUUCUUCUGACUCAGACGUUUCGAAUGGUAUUUGAGUUCUCGUGGUGUAGUGAAAUAUUUCCGAGAAUAAAAAGUGUUCACUAUUUUCUUGCAAAAGUUUUUUUUUUAUUUUUAUUAUUAUUGAAACUGAUCAGAUUGUAAAAGUUGUCAUUUUAGCCCAGAAAACAAGCUGGCAGAGGGAGCAUUUAAUCAAAAUGGAAUAUUCUCAACUUCAAAACCAUGUGUCAAUUUUAAUAUCUAAUGUUUGCCUGUGGCGUCUAACAUCAUGAAAUUACAUAAUUUAUAGCUCUGUGUUAAUUAGCGACACUAUUCCAGUUUAACUAGCCUCGCACGCUGUUUUCUCCUCACAGCAAAUGGACUAUAUUUGGAAAGGAAUAUAUCGUAUUUCUAUUUUUCUGAUGUCCGGUUUCCAUAUGCACUGUAAGGCAGUUUAACUUUGCAUUCAGUAUUUCAGAAUGAAGGCUUUACUUCAAUGAGUUGUGUUUUGGAAAUUAAACCAUUGUUCAGAUGACUCAAAGAUCACUUUUGGGCAGAAAUGUUGUAGCCAUCUCAGUCUGUAAAGCCCUUGCAUUGAGCCAUCUGGCUUUUUUCAAUCAGCUGAUGUUAAAGGUGAGAGACUUUUUGUAUCUUGUUGCUGAAAAUAUUUUUUGCGUUUCAGCACCCCAAGUUACAAUAAAGUUGUUACUACUUGUU